GUUACCGCUCGAUUCAUUCAGCUUGACGCCAUCUGAAACUGAAACUGAAACUUUUCAGAGGGAUUAUCAGUAGAGAGAAAGAGGGGAAGACCGAUCAAAUGGCGUCGAGUUCGGAUAUGGGAUCGGCUGAUUUCGAAUCACUGUCCUCUACCUCAGACGUCGAGCUCUUGAAGAGGGCGUGGCGUAACGAGAAGGCGGCGCCGGAGAUUCUACCGUACGAAGGUGAUCUCGUCGAAAGAGCCAAAGGGCAGAUUGAAUUAGUGGAAGAGAAUAUUGAAGCUUAUGUGGAAAAUGGUAUCGACCCUUUGGUUGUAUCGCUUUAUCAGAUGGAUUUGGACAGAACCCAGUUUCUACUGAGAUCGUAUCUUAGGGUCAGGCUUCUCAAGAUAGAGAAGUUUAUGUUCCACAGCCUCAAGUCAGAGGAAGCUGAAAGUCGCCUUUCUGAGCAAGAGAAAGUGUUUGCUAGAAGGUGUGCUGAUGAUUUGGCAAAGCAUUUCGAAGAGAGCGUACUGCGUAAGUUGCCUGAGAACUAUCAGUCGGUUCUCAAGCAAUCUCUUAUAAGUGAAGUGGAUGAUAUGGUGCCGGAGCCGCAUUUGGACACCUUUGUUGCUUGUAGAAGCAAGAGCCAUUUCACUCUCAAUCUAUACGAAGAAGGAGAGAGCACCCAGACUGAGGAGAUGUACCGUGGUGAUCUCUACUUCAUACGUUACAAGAUUGUAAAAGGAGCAAUCGAAUCUGGGAAGAUGGACUUGAUCUGAGCUCAAAAGCUACAAGUUACAAUUCAUUUCCGCUCAGAACUCUUUCCAUAGUAUAAGCAUUAGCUGGGGUGCUACCAUUGUUCUUGCUCUAUGAUCUUGAGUUGUAUAGUGAAUUUCUAUAUUGUUUUGAGUUUCCUAAAUGGCAUGGUAGAGACUUAGCAUUCCUUGUUGUUCCUAGCAUAGCUAGGUGGUGAUAAUCAUAACUAAACUAAUUCACUUUUGGUCCCAAA